AUGAGAAAUUUUCCUGAUCAUUUUGCAUGCCUUCGUAAGUUGGAUAUGAGCAUUUGUCACGAGCUGUCAAACCUAACAAGUCUGGUAGAAAAGUGUACCUCUCUUAAGAAUCUGGAAAUAAGCAACUGCGACAAACUUAGAUCCCUUUCAUUAUUUGGAUUGACAUCCAUCCAGAAAUUGUUAUUUAGUUCGCGUGGUGGUAAAUUAACAUCAACGAGCCUGCAUAGUGGACCAGAAUUGUACGGCCGAGUUUCUCUUAAGGAGUUGUCCAUAAAAUGUCCACAUCUUGAAAAUUUGGAAAUAAGUUGCUGCAGUAGUCUGAUAGCCAUUUCAAUUCACGGUGCAACGUCCCUUCGAGGAUUGAAGAUUAGUUCAUGUGGUGGAUUAAGAUUAAUGGACCUGCAAAGUCUACCAGAAUGCUAUACCCCUCUACAGGUGUUGUCUUUAAGGUCGUGCAAAAGUCUGGAGUCAAUUUCAGGUUUACACGAAUGCACAUCCUUUCGUGAAUUGAUCAUUGAAGAUUGUGAUGGACUAAAAACUUGUGGAUCGAGUGGGCUUGAAUCUUGUACUUCUAUCCGUGCGCUGCGUGUCCACGAUUAUCAACAACUGGGGCAGUAUUCAAGUUAUGGGGUAGACAUGUCUCUUAUUGAGGAGCUGACCAUUUAUAACUGCCCUAAGCUAAUAAGCAUUUCAAAUCACGGUCUGACGACCCUUCGGAAACUGGUACUUAUUGCAAGUUAUGUACCGGAAUUGUCUAUCGUCAGUAGUACUAGAGUGGAGGAGUUGUAUAUACAGGAUUGUACAUCCCUUGGUUCACUGUGUAUCGACAAUUGUGAAAGGCUGAGGCAUGUUUCGGUUGAUGGGCUAGGAACACUCAUUAUUCUUGACGAGUUGACUAUAAGGAAUUGUCCUAGUCUAACAUCCAUUUCAAUCGCAGCAUGUCUCAGGGAAUUGGUGAUUGAGGGUUGUGAGAAGCUUUCGAGCUUGCCGAGCGGGUUGAAGCAUUGCAACGCACUUGAGAGAUUGAAAAUAAGUGGUAGCCGAAACUUGGUAUCCAUUCCAAUUUCAGAUGUAUUCCCGCCAUCCCUUGGUCAAUUUGUAAUUGAAGAUUGUGCUCAACUAUCAAGCCUGCCAGGCCAUCAUGAGUCUCUUGAGGAGUUGAAUAUAGUGAAUUGCCCUAUGCUAAGAUGGAGUUCAGUUGCCGAUGAGGGGAGGAGUCUGACCGCCCUCCGGAGAUUGGUGAUUGAGGGUUGUGAGAAGCUUUCAAGCUUGCCGAGUGGGUUGAAACAUUGCAACGCACUAGAGAGAUUGAAAAUAAGUGGUAGCCGAAACUUGGUAUCCAUUCCAAUUUCAGAUGUAUUCCCGCCAUCCCUUGGGCAAUUUGUAAUUGAAGAUUGUGCUCAACUAUCAAGCCUGCCAGGCCGUCAUGAAUCUCUUGAGGAGUUGAGUAUAGUGAAUUGCCCUAUGCUAAGAUGGAGUUCCGUUGCCGAUGAGGGGAGGAGUCUGACCGCCAUCCGGAGAUUGGUUAUUGCAAGUUGCAGCGGACCAGAAUUGAACAUUGACUCUAUCAGCACUCUUGAGGAGAUUUCUUUACACGAUUGCACAUCCCUUGGCAAACUGAGAAUACAGGAUUGUCAGAAUUUAAAGGCUCUUCCCAGUUUAGACAACCUCACAUCCCUCGGUAAUUUGAGUAUUAUGGGAUGUGAUGGAUUGACAGGUCUGCCGAGUGGGCUCUCAUCCUGCACAUCUCUUGUCCACUUGGAAAUUCGAAGGUGCAAAAAUUUGAUAUCUCUGGCAGAUGUCGACGUAACUAGCUUGCAAUCUCUUUCCAGUUUAUCAAUAUGGCAUUGUGCGAAAUUACAAUACUUGCCGACGGGUCUACGUACUCUGACUAGUUUGAAUAGCUUGUAUAUUGGUGGAUUCUGGAAGGAGCUCGAUUCUUUCCCAGUUGCGCAAAUUCCAUCAUCACACAAAUUAGUAUUUUGCGGGUGGCCUAAGCUCAAGUCUCUCCCUCAAGUAAUUAACCACUCCACUAGUCCAGUAACAGAGUUGGAAAUAGAUGAUUGCGAUGGGCUGGAGACUCUUCCAGAGUGGUUGGGCGACAUUACAUCUCUCGACCGACUAAAUAUUUACAAUUGCAAGAAUCUCAAGUCUCUGCCUUCUGCCCAAGCUAUGCAACGCCUCACCAAACUAGAAAAUCUACUGAUUGCGAUGUGUCCCUUUCUGAAGAAAGCAUGCGCCAGGGGUACCGGCAGAGAGUGGCCCAAGAUUUCUCAUAUUCCAAAUAUCACAACCAGCGUCCAGAUUCAAGACCAAUCCAACUUCUCACUUCCAACACUUAGGAACAUGAGGAGGUCUGCAUUUUCAGCGCUGAGCCGGAAGGGAGGGCAUUGUUCGAAUUCCCUCGUGUAA